CCUACUGAAGCACCCGCUUCGAAUGUUAUCACUCGAUUGAAUGGGCGUUAUCAGUGGUUAUCAGCUCAUAGAUAUGGGCCAGAAGGGGCCUGCUGCGCCUACUGGUAGGCUCAGAUGGCUGUUAUCAUCCAUCUACAUGGUUAAUCACCGAUACAAAUACAAGAGACGAUUCCAGAUCCAAUCAGAUCGGAAGUUCACUGGAUGACGCGGCAUCGUUGCGGUAUUUCCCGCCGGUUGAUAUUUUUCAGUAUCGCGAGAGUUUCUCCAUGCGAGUGAACGUUAUGAAGUGAGAUCGCGAGACUUGGCUCAUACGAGUAAACGCCAUCACUGAGAGCAUCAUUCAUCUCUUCUUAUCAUUUUCCCUGUUUAUUCUCAGCAUCAAUUUCCAGUGUGUGGUAAGUUUGUUUUAUUUAUUUCCAUGCUCUAUGUCUGUUGAACAAUCCAAAUUUUGUUUUGGGCUGUUUAGAGAGCCCAUUCACAAAUCUAUCUUGUGCAAGUUUCUCUCUGUUUAUGUUUUAGGUUGAAGAUGGCCCAGAGAGAGAGAACUUGCAUUAAUGACGAACAGAAAGAAACUCUGAAAACAUUUUUUAAAGAUGGCAUGACCCGAGUUGGGUCAGAAUUGAUUCCCAGAGCGGCAUCGGCUACGGGUUUGGACACCAGUGUCAUAGAAAACUGGAUUGGUAAUUACAAAAGGAAAGCUUCUUCUGAGCCUCGGCCAUCAAAGGCCAAAGUACAUGUUAGAGAACUUUCCCCAUAUAAUCUCUUUUGUAGAGACGUACUGUCAAACAAAGGCACAAUGAAUGACAUCAAGGGUAGGUGGGCCACAUUGGGGGAAGAUGCAAAAAAGAAAUACAGUGAAGAGGCAGCAGCACUGAGGGCAUCUGGACAGGCCCUUAGCCCUGAAAUGAGAGAUGCCCGAAUUAAAAUGCACCUGAAGAAGCUAAAGUUAGAGGUGUCUAAGCUUGAGGAUUUGGGUGUGGAGACGGCCAUAUUAUCUUUUGACCGCCAACGUUCCAGCUUAGAAGUAUACGAAGUAAGCAGCAAAGGGGCCACUGAUUUUCUAGACAAAACGGACACGGUCAACAACUUUGCACUGCAUUUCAAAGCCAGCUCCUCAGCCGCAAAACCCAGUACUAAAGUCGGUGUGCUGGUAGGAAAAGUCCAAGAUCUUUUCAACCAAAAAUAUAAGGAGGCCGGAGGUACUGGAAGGCUGCCCUACCAGUCCCUGGUGAAUCAGGGCCUAAACAUAACAGUUACUGGACUGCCCAACAGCCUUACGCUUAAGAAGCCUUCCUUUUAUGAUAGAAACCAACUGGAAGCCAUUUUAAACGCUGCUGAGGAGAUCUCAUUUGAAAUAAAUGCAGCACAAUGCAACCCCACUAACAUGGCAGAGGGAAUGUCGGAACACAUGGAUGCAGAAGACACAGCAGAUGGCACCCAGACGUCGGUGGAAGAAAUAUUUGAGGCCAUGUUUGAAAACGGUCCAGAAGAACAGUCCUCAGAAACGGCCACUACUACUGUAGCUAUUGUGAUGACUGCAGAUAAAGAUGGAGGCAAUUUGUGCUGUGUCUGCCGGGUCCAUUUCGAUGACAAGAAGAAGAACGCUACAAAGAAGUGGCGUUCAUGGUCACAGUGCACAGUGUGCCAAUCAUGGUCACAUACUGCAUGUGGUUUUAAAAAGAGCAUGUGCCUUCACUGCCAGUGUCAAAACACUAUGCAAACACCCUGAACCACUGCAUCAGUUUUAGAAAAUGUGCUACUUACUGCAUUGUAAGAUGCAUCUUGUUACUUGUUUUUAGUUGUUUUUACUUUGAUGGCCCCCAUCCCUACAAAUACACACACACACGCACACAUGCGCGCACUCUUACAUAAUACAUGCAUACGUGUUUUAAAAUGUAUUAAGUGUUUUCAUCUUUUUCAUUAAAAUAUACUUUUAUGAACCUUGCUGCUAAUGUAUUGUAAUGAUCAAACUUCACUUGUAAGAAGAAAUCUGAUCCCUUUCUUUUUCAUCAUUGGUUCAGCAGGGCUCCGGGUGUUAGCAAAACAGUGGGUCACAGUAUUAUGAUUUUCAAACUAAAGUUUGUCAGGUUUUGCGUGGGAGGACCGGGCGUGUUCCACGUGGAUAUGGACUACCUUUCAAUUCAAAGUGCUGCUGAUCCUGACCAGUCCUGUAGUGUCUGGAGAUUGAAAUAAUCAAUGAAGUUAUGCUGCUGUGCCUCGUGCAUAAAUGUGUUCACAUGCACACACACAUGGACACAUUCCUGUUACCAAGUGUUUAUUCUGUUACUAAUUUUUUCUUGAAAAAUAAAGUUAAACUGUUUUUA